GUCUUUUGCGAGUUGGCCUGAUAUAAUAUUUGACUCGUGUUUUUAAUUUCUGUGGACUUAGUAGUUUGCAGUUAAAUUUGUCAUUGUUGAUAUUAGUGACUGUAUCUAAGAGGGUCAGUUGUAUGCCUUUCAAACUAAACAAUAGGUUAUUUGCGAUCAUAGCUGUUUCUAUGAAAUCAGAAGAUAAUGAAAGGUUUUGAAUUCCCUCUUUGGCUUGGUUUAAAGAAGUGUCUAUAUGAUUUAACUUUUGAUGUAUUAAUUUGUGCUGACGCUCCAUGUAUCCUUGGUUUUUUUAAACAAGUCGAAUUCGGCUUCUACGACUGAUGUCUGAUUGUUCCAUAAGGCCGCGAGAGGAUUUUAGUUACUUUUUAUAAUAUCGAUAUCCUCUUCGUACCUUUCAGCGAAAUGAUUAUCUUAAACUCCGAACAGACUGUUUGCUAAGUAGCCGACACCGUUUAUAAGACCACGAGGCCGGCGCUGCCUCUUUAUAGUAUUUGAUUGAGAGUUUUAUAGUAUAUGGCUGUUAAGCCGCAGUUCUCGGAUCUCGUGCUGUAACUGUAAUACGAUUGCGUGUGAAUACAUUUUAAUUAUUGGACAUAAUUUCUCUAAAUUUUCAAUGUACUAAUGUAGAGUCGUGAUACCUUCUUGAUAAGGACGAGUAUUGUAGUAUAAAGCAAGAACCCAGUGGUCUCGUAUCAAAUGCAUAUUAGUAAAUGAAUCAAAAUAAAGACUUAUUGUUUUGCAAUAUCGUAAUAUUGUAUACGUUUAGUGUUGAAGGGGAAAUGAUCGUGAAGAAGAGUAUUACCGACAUGUCUGUUUUGGUAGAACUGCUUGAACUGUUACAAGGCUGUGUACUAGUUUGAGUUCCUUGUUUUCCGUAAUGCGUGUCCUCUUGUUUUUCAGCUGACGUUAGUAUGGAUAGCUUUAUAGCCGGUCGCUUUAUUAAUCCGUUAUUCGUUUUAAGUGUUACGACUCUUACGUAAUUGUCACAUUCUGGAUGAAGCUUCACAACCUUCCCUAGCGCCCGUUGGCCAGUCGGGAGGUUGUCAUCCUGGAUAACGACUUACAUCUCAAAGCCCAUCUACUAACUCUCAUCUUCCCCGUCUGGGAGCAUGUACGAGUUACGCUCGACAUAGUUACGAAAUCAUUUAUUUGCACGCAUCAUCGCAUUUGUUUCAUUACAAAAUUACAAUAACUUAUAAUUUUAUUCAUUUCGCAUUCGUUCACCGAGCAUACCGGGCGUUCUCAUCAAUCAAUCAAUAAUAUAUUUUAUAAUAUUAAAAAAACAUUGUCAAUUUAUAUCAUUUUAUUAAGUGUACGAGCAAACAAAUGCCCGUACAGCUCCAAAUCUAAUACUCUCUGAUGCUGAUCAGCACAUGACGUGUGGACAUAAAAGUUUAUAUUUGUGGCUAAGUGACAAGUGCAUAGCGGUGACCAGGUGACGACUCGCUCAUUUAAAUAUCUCAGUGAGCCUCCUGAUGUGGCUCUACUUCGGCACACUACAACAAACGGUUUUUUAAAAAUUUGAAUAUCCAUUAUCAGAACUCGUUGUUUCCAUUAGUGAUUAUAAGUAUAAAAUAUCCAGACUCUCGGUAUUCUAUGGCAUACAUUUUUGAAUUGCACCCUUUAAUUUCUGGGUCCCCUUUUUAAAACACUGUAUAACCCGACACUCGGAGUUGGUUACAAUAAAUGACGUCUUCAAGGCUAGAAUUCAUAACAACAAACGCUUAGUAGUUCCAACAGCUUACCCACAGAUAUAGCAUGUUUUUUCGGUGCCUUUACCCCAUUUUACUAAAUUACUCUGAUCUGCUAGAGUCAUUUGGAACGCUUUGACAUAAAAAUUUAGCAAUUCUGGAGAUCAAUUAUAAAUUAAGGUGCGCCAUUUUAGUGCUAAUGGGCUGCAAAAAUCUACCAAGUCUAACUACUCGUUCUGCAUCUCUAAACUCAUUGCAUGAAUCUUAUAUUUAUCAUUCUCGUCUUGCCGAAUAAAAGACUUCAAUAUAUCCGUAUUUUGGGCCUUCUUACUUGAUCCUGACCCUACUCUAUUUUGUGCUCCUGCCAUAAACUGCUUAUGGAAUUGAAGUCGUGGCUCUAGCUUUGCGCGAUCCCGAGACACAACUUCAACAUCUUUAUGACGCCUGCAUAAAAUUUUGACAAAAGGGUUUUAUUAAAAUCAUAGACGAGGAAAGGCCAAUUUAAACGUGAAGUUAGGUAAUUGUCGUAGAUUCAAGCUUUUUUUUACGUUACUGAUCUCUACUAUUCCUUCUAAAGAUGGAGUAAGACCUAUAUUAUCAAUCUUACGACCGAGAAAUUUAAAUGGUGCAUUUUCAGUAACCGUAGAAACGCAUUGACCGCCAAACAAUAAUCCCGGAUCGUAUGUGGUGUAUCUUGUAUUUCGUCUACCGAGACACUGACAUUUAUUUGGUUUUGUCCUUAAUCUAUCCGUUCACUCACAGAACUUAUCCACUUCAUCCAAUAGUACCUGACAGUGUUUGAGGUUACGUCUCAGUAUUGCGAGAUCGUCAGCGAAAGUUAAAAUGGAUUCUGUGUAUUUGUUAUUGAAGUUGAACCGAUACCCCCAUUUUCUCUCAUUACUGAUUACUUUAUCUACUAAGAUAUUAAUUAAAAUAUGAUAAUAAACCAAACAUUAUCAGUUUUCUUAUCUCGAAAAUGGUAAGUGGUUAGCUAGUUAUUUAUUCAACUGUCGUCAUAGAGAAUAAUUAAUUGAAGAAGUGUUCGUAGUCGCUUCAACCGGUUUGUAAAUCCUCCUUCAAGGUUUUAUUUUAAGUUUCUUUCAAAGAAUAUUUAAAAUUAUUACAUUAAUUAUACUAAUCCCAAAUUCAUCAUUUUCGACCAUACUGUCUGUAACUCGUCUGGUUAUAAACUGACUGCUACUUAAUAAGUUUUUGAGUGUGUUUAUUAUAAUCAAGUUAUGUUUUCUGGCGUGUUACUGUUCACAUCACUAGUGAUUAUUUUCGGCUUGCUAUAUAUAAAAUGGAGACAAGUGAGCAGAUACUGGUCUGACCGAGGCGUUUUUUAUUUGGCACCGAAUCCCUUUCUAGGAAGUCUUAAUUUCCUUCUGAGAGAAAAUGCGGCUUUGUGGCUUAUUCGUAUGUAUGAGCAAUGUCGAAGACCGUAUAUGGGUAUAUGGCUGAUAUGGAAACCAGCCCUUCUGGUAAAUUGUCCGAACUUGGCGCGAAAAAUUUUAAAUCAAGAUUUCGUUAACUUCAGGGACCGUCAUAUAAGCUCCGGAACCACGGACCCCGUCGGAAGCUUAAAUUUAUUUACCGUUAAAGAUCCUCUAUGGAGUAACAUUCGAUCAAAGAUAACUGGAAUAUUUACAAAUGCCAAGUUGAAAAGCCAUCAGGAUUAUACACGAAGCAAAGCCAAGGAAUUAGUCCAAAGAAUUCAAAACGACGGAUACACUGUCUUACAUCUCAAGGAUUUGAUGGUCGACUAUGCAACAGAUGUGAUCGGAACAUUUGCCUUUGGUGUGGAAAGUAAUGCCACGCUCACAGGCGAGGGGCCGCUGAGAGACAUCACUAGAGAUUUUAUCAAGUUAACUUUGUACCGAGGAUUAUCAAUGUUCUCUAUAUUCUUUUGGCCUGAAGUUACUGAUAUUUUCAGAUUGAAGUUCUUUCCAAGAUCAUCAACGAAAUAUUUUUGUGAAGUGGUCGAUCGUAUAAUGACUCAUCGCAAGAAAGAGAACAUAAGAAGAAAUGACCUUAUUGAUUGUUUGAUCAAAAUUGAGAGAGAGAGUGAAGAAAACAAUGAGAAAUUACCGAAUGGUUUGAUAGUGGCUCAGGCAGCCGUUCUUCUUCUUGGCGGAUUUGAUACAUCAGCUAUGACCCUUACAUAUGCUAUUUAUGAGAUCGCUCACUGUCCCGAUAUACAGGAAAAGUUAUAUCGAGAACUUUUAGAAGCAAAGGAACGUUACGGCAAUGAAGACUUUGACAUGCAGACGUUAGGAGAAAUGACUUACUUGAACUGCGUUAUACAAGAAGCACUUCGGAAAUAUGCUGCCAUGACCUGGUUGGACAGGAUAGCGCAGUCUGAUUAUAAAAUCGACGACACGCUGACCAUCCAAGGCGGUACCCCUGUGUAUAUCAACAUACUCGGCAUGCACUAUGACCCCGAAUACUUCCCAGACCCAUAUACAUUUAAUCCCGACAGAUUCUUACCAGAGAAUAAUACCAACAUAAAACCUUACACGUUCAUGCCCUUCGGAGAAGGACCCAGAAGUUGUAUUGGUAAAAGGUUCGGAUACAUGACGAUGCGUACCGCUUUGGCUGCGUUGUUUCUAAACUACGAAAUAUUUCCUUUACCCAACACGCCUACCCCCGCCCAGACUAAGAUUGACCCGUAUAGCAUGGUAUAUACUCCUGGAGAAAAACUUCGCGUAGAAUUUGUUCCUAGAAACAAGUAAAAAAGAUUUAUGUAGACAGAUAUAAAUUAAUGUCUUCACAAUUGUUUCCUUGUAAACUAAUAGUUUUUUGUUAAUAUUUAUGGAAAGAUAACAAUUGAUUCUUAAUUUUUUUUUUAAUUAUAAUAAUUGUCUCUUAUAUUAUAACAAUUGUUGUUUAACUUUGAAAAUUAUACUUUUAUCUCAUCCUAACAUACAAAAAACCUGUGUGCUUUAGACCACACGACUGAAGUAUAACUUCUCUCGCUCCAUCUAUAUGUACUCGUAAUAUGUAUAUGUUUAUAUACGUAUAAUGCAGACAUGUAUACACAUAUUAAUUUUGUACAAAUAUUUGAAUUCAUUAUGGGUUAUCUUUGAUAAAUAAUUAUUUUUAAA